AUGGAGGACUGUCCUGUCGGGACUGACACCAGCAUCUUGUCUGGCUUUGAGAGCAACACCACCAACGUCACAGCCUUCUCCAUGCCCGGCUGGCAGCUGGCACUGUGGACCGUAGCCUACGUGGCCCUGGUGCUGGUGGCUGUGGUGGGCAAUGCCACCGUCGUCUGGAUCAUCCUGGCCCACGAACGGAUGCGGACGGUCACCAACUACUUCGUCAUCAACCUGGCUGUGGCCGACCUGUGCAUGGCCGCCUUCAACGCCACGUUCAACUUCGUCUAUGCCAGCCACAACAUCUGGCACUUCGGCCGCGCCUUCUGCUACUUCCAGAACCUCUUUCCCAUCACAGCCAUGUUUGUCAGCAUCUACUCAAUGACCGCCGUGGCUGCGGACAGGUACAUGGCCAUUGUCCACCCCUUCCAGCCACGCCUGUCAGCCGCGGGCACCAAGGCGGUGAUCGCGGGCAUCUGGCUCGUAGCCCUGGCCCUCGCCUUCCCCCAGUGCUUUCACUCCACCAUCACGGUGGACCAGGGAGCCACCAAGUGCGUGGUGGCCUGGCCCAAUGACAGCGGGAGCAAGACGGUCCUCCUGUAUCACCUUGUGGUCAUUGUGCUCAUCUACUUCCUGCCCCUGGUGGUGAUGUUCCUCGCCUACAGCAUCAUCGGCCUUACACUGUGGAGGCGCGCGGUGCCAGGACAUCAGGCGCACGGUGCCAACCUGCGCCACCUGCAGGCCAAGAAGAAGUUUGUGAAGACCAUGGUGCUGGUGGUGGUGACAUUUGCUGUGUGCUGGCUGCCCUACCACCUCUACUUCAUCCUGGGCAGCUUCCAGGAGGACAUCUACUACCACACGUUCAUCCAGCAGGUCUACCUGGCGCUCUUCUGGCUGGCCAUGAGCUCCACCAUGUACAACCCCAUCAUCUACUGCUGCCUCAACCGCAGGUUUCGCUCUGGCUUCCGGCUGGCUUUCCGAUGCUGCCCUUGGGUCACGCCGAUGGAGGAGGACAGGCUGGAGCUGACGCACACUCCAUCCCUCUCCAUGAGGGUUAACAGGUGUCACACAAAAGAGACUUUGUUCAUGACUGGGGACGUGGCCCCGCCUGCGGCUACCAACGGGCAGGCUGGAGGUUGCCAAGAGAGGGAGCCUGCUGGACCCUGA